AGCUAUAUAUAAAUAUGAUUUAGCAAUAAGUAGUAUCUUGUGGUUUUUAUUUGAAAAUAUUUAAAAGAUUUGGUUUGCAAUAAACAAGAAUAUGAAAUGGAUUUAACACAAACAGAUUUAAAAACUUCUAUCUUAGUUACCGAAGCCGGUGGUACAGUUAAUGAACAUUUCAAUAUAGAUACUAAAUCAAAUGAUAUUGAUUCAGUUUACUCAUGUUUAGAAUGUAAUAGUGUUUUUCAAGAAGCUGUUAGUUUAAACUUGCAUAUUAAUUCUAAACAUUCUUCAAGUAAAAAGUAUGUUUGUGAAGAAUGUGAUGCCAUGUUUUUUUCAAGCUAUAAGUUUAAGCUACAUUGUAGUUCUAAGCACAAUAUUGUUCGUCCUUUCAAAUGUGGGAUUUGCAUAAACAGUUACUCAAACAUUUCUGCCUUGAAAAUUCAUUUGAGGAGUCAUGAAGAAAAUCCACCUUCAUUUAAGUGUACUUUAUGUGGACGAUCAUUUGCAACAAAGAGUUCUUUAAAAACACAUUCACUGCGUCAUGGUUCAGAAAUGCCCCAUAUUUGUGAUGUUUGCAACAAAUCAUUUGCCAUUAAAGGCGAUUUGCGUACUCACUACCUAAAACAUGAUCCUAUUCCUCAAUUUAAAUGUGAUUUUUGCACAAAAGCUUUUCCUAGAAAAGGAAAUUUAAUCCGACAUAUGCGCAAGCAUACAGGGGAGAAACCAUACGUUUGCUUGUAUUGUGAAAAAAGAUUUUCGAGAUCGGAAAAUUGCAGAGAGCAUCAACGCACCCACACUAACGAAAAGAGAUUCAUGUGUAACAUAUGUGGAGCUUGUUUCAGUGAUUCUGGAAAUUUUUGUAAACAUAAAAAACAAAAAUGCAAUAAAAAAGCAUUUAACUUGGUUAAAAGUGACAAAAAGUCAAAAAAUCUUUCAACAAAUAUUAAGUUUUCAAGAGAUACUUUAGAAAAAAGUCUUGAUUUUGUAACAGUUAAAACUUGUCACAAUGCCAACGAAAAUAUUUUGUAUAGAUCUCACGUUGAGUUAUCUGAUUCCAAUUUAUUUCCUAAUGCUAGUUCAACAUCGUUUUGUGAAAGUAUUCAAAUUGCUUAUCAUGCUGAUAUAAUUGAACAAGUUAUUCACCCAGAUAAAUAUUUAAAUGGUCAGAGUUCUAAUACUGAUGCUCAAUCGGUUAUACCUUUGAACAAUGAAAAAACUAGUGAAGAUGGUCGCACUGACGGUCAUGCAUUCUUUCUUGUUGACCAUUUUGAUCCAAAUUUUUCUUUUAAUAACGACAGUAACUUAUUUAUUGAUACGUCUAUAUUUUUGCAGCAACAAAACGAAAGUGACUUUCAAUCUACACUAUAUAACGAUGAUAAACAAUUUAAUCGAGUAAGUCAAACCACAAAUCUCUUAUUAGAAAAUUCAGAAUAUUAUUGCGAGGAUGAUAAUGAAAUCGAUACCAACAAAUUUUUAAAUGACGAUUAUUUAUUAACAAAAAAAAAUGCGGUUGACGCUCAUAACGGAACCUAAAUGUUAUGACAUUUAGGCCCAACUCACGUAUUCUAACGGAAUGUAGUAAAUCUUUAGGAAGGUUAUUAAAAUUAACAUAAUAAUUUUUAUUUAUAUUUUUUAAAAUGUAUUUUAUAUAUUUCAAGUUUUACAUGUCUUGUGAUAUUUUAUACCAUUUUAAACACUUAAAUAGCAUAC